AUGAACAGGGCAAAUGAGGGGCAGUGCAAGUAUCCAUGACAACACAUUAAACAUUAGCGAGUGAAGGUCGUGUUCGACUCCUUCGGAGCUCGCUCAGUUCAGCUCGUUCUGUCUGCUCUUGUUGAGUUUUGAUUAUGGCUUUCUUCGGAAUCACAUAUCUGGGCUAUCAGAACCCUUUCGGAGACAAGAUGAUACCAUCUGCCCAAAACAAACAAGAUACACGAGGACGAGACUCAUCAGACCUGCAUCUUGGCAGCCAGAGCAGAUAUCAGGAUCCGAUCAGACGCGUUCAGAGGUCUCCUAGAGAACUGUAUCGUGUACCUGUGACGGACAACCAGCAGUAUGGCUGGUGGGUUCCCGCUGAAGGCCUGAAGAACCAGGAGCCUUGGACUCGAACCCGUCACUUCCCACGCAAAAACAGCGAAAUGACAAAGUUUGUGAAUGAGAUGUCAAUGACCUACCCAGACUUCAGCUUGUUUUGAUCUCUGAUCCAUGAAACUAUAGUGAUCACUGUCCCAUAAUGCUUCAACACUACAGUGCAUCACUUUGCCUUGCAGAACAGGAGGUGCAGAGGAUACGUAAAUGUAACGUGUAUCCACUACACACAUCUAUGACUGUGCCAUAUUGUUUCGAGAAUUUAGUGCAAAAAAUGUUGUCUCAUAAUGUAUGUGCUAAAUGCUAUUCUUUGCAUAUACCUGUAUUAUGGUGGCAAAAUCCAGUAUUAAUAAAAACAAUGAACUAUUUGUGACUAAACUUGA